AAGCUGUCACACUGAGAAGCUCGCCGCUCCGCUCACACACACACUCACACACACUCUGAACGGAGCUGGACGGCUCCGGGCUGAGAGUGGAGAAUCUAAAGAGAAACCUCGAAACAGGAAGUGACAGAAGGCUGGAGUGAGGAGUGACCUCUGGACGGAUCUCUGGCCAGACCCCCGUGAAGGAGACAGCCGGGGACGUCCCAGCAUGCUGUACCUGAAGAAGUACCUCACGGAGGGGCUGGUCCAGGUGGCCAUCCUGCUGAGUCUCUGGGGGGUCCAGGUCCAGGUGGGCCUGGACCCGGACCGGCCCCCCUCUCUACAUGAGCUGCUGCUGGGCCAGACCUCGGCGCUGACUCCCGCUCGGCACCGCCACCUCUGGGACCUCCACCCGAAGAGCGUGGACCUGGAUGGCUUCUUCACGGCCCGGAGGCUGCUGGGCUGGGUCCGCUCGCUGGACCGUCUGCAGGUCCCUCACGCCGAGGUGGAGGCGUGGCUGGUCCAGCGGGAACCCGGGCCCCUCCCAGACCAGCCGUCCCCCCUGGACAGACCUGCUGAUGGGAUCCACAGGAACGUCCAGGCCCGAGCCGCCCAGGAGGAAGACGAGGAGGAGGAGGAGGAGGAGGAGGAGGAGGAGGAGGAGGAGGCGGCGGUGUCUCUGCAGGAGUGCUUGCGGUUGCUGGAGGACACAUGUCCCUUCCCAGAGGACCCGGAGUUAGGUGAAGCUGGUGACAGGAGGGAGGAUGUGCAGCGUCGGCCUGCAGACCGGGAUGCCCCCCUGCGCCCCCCCAGGCCCUCUGAGACCUCCUCCAUGGACCUGGAGCUGCACUGGCAGGACCUGCUGUCCAUCCUGGAGCCGGAGAAUGCGGAUGCAGCGGUGGAAUCGCUUCACCAGCGCUUCGACUGGAGAUCAUCAGGGAGCGGUGGAGGCGUCGGACCGGAGCUCCUGACGGUGGAGGACAGCAGCGUCUCCAUGCAGCGCCUCGCUGCUCAGCACGGUUUUGUGGGUCCUCCAGCAGCGGCCCUGCUUGGCCUCACUCCCAGUGCAGAGCUGGAGGACCACAGUCCUCUGGACACAAAGACCUCUGUGGAUCUCCUCGGCAGCCCCCCAGACCACACAGACCUGCUGGAAGAGGAUCUUCCUCCAGACGACGGCCCGUUUCAGAUGUGUCUGCUAGCGGCAGAAACGCCGCCAUGUCUUCCUGACGUCAGUCCUUCCUCUGCUCACGGACAGAACCAGGACCAGGACCGUCCUGCCUCUCCUCCUAGUGUUGUCCUGGCCGAAGCGGAUGCUGGAGAGGAUCUUCCUCUCAUGGACCUCCUGGAGGACGGGUCUGUGCUGGACCAGAUGAGCCUGCUGGAUGCUGCUCUGGAGGGAGGAUUCAGUCUGGAGAUGGAGGCCAGCCUUGAAGAGGAGCGGUACCUGGAACACCGAACGACCCGGGAGGACCGCAGAGGCCAGGAUCAGGCAGAGAGACGUCAUGAAGAUGCUGAGAAGGAGGCAGAUUCAGACUCGGGUCUGUCGCUGGACUUCAGCCACAGUCCUGCUUCUCCAUGUGUUUCUGAGGCCUCCACCUCCUCCUCCUCCUCCUCUUCCACCUGUAUGUCAGCUGGAGAAAGUCCCUUCACAGAAGAGGAAGAGGAGGAAGCCGAGGAGAGCGUGGCGGGCUCGGACAUGGAGCUAGGGAUGAGGAUGAAGCAGGAGGAGCUGGAGGAGGAGAUGGGGGCGGUGGGCGGAGGAUCUGCUGAGCAGCUCUUCACCUUCAAGCCUGGAAAUCACAAACUGCUUCAGCACCUCCCCUGGACGGAGCACGUCGGUCACGACCACACGUACCCCCAGCCCUGGUCUCCUGUGGCCAAGACGACCAGCAGCCACGGCAGAGCGGCGGCCGCCCGGGACGGCGCCUCGCCGUACCGCCGCUCCGUCUCGGAGUCCAAGAUGUGGAGCAGGGACGAGCGGCGUGCCCGAGCCCUCGGCAUCCCGUUCUCCAAUGAGCUGAUCGUCAACCUCCCGGUGGAGGAGUUCAACGACCUGCUGACCAAGUACCGCCUGGACGAAGACCAGCUCAACCUCAUCAAAGACAUCCGCCGGCGGGGGAAGAACAAGAUCGCCGCCCAGAACUGCCGGAAGAGGAAGCUGGACGUGCUGCUGGGGCUGGAGGAAGACGUGUCCGGGCUGAGACGCUACCGCUCACGACUGCUGCGAGAAAAAGAAGCAGCCCUGAGGAACCUGCAGGAAAUGAAGCUCCGACUGGGAACGCUGCAUCAGGAAGUGUUCUCCAGACUGAGGGACGAGACGGGGCGGCCGCUGGACGCUGCAGAGUACCUGCUUCACUUUGGACCCGACGGCGCCGUCGCUGUGGCUUCACGUCAAAACCAGGCAGAGCGUCCACCAACUGGGAGGAAAGACGGCAAAAAGCCCCGGGACAAGAGGAAGUGAGCCGUGGACCAGAGACACUGAAGACCUGCUUCGUCCAGAGUGUAGGGAGGGCCGAGAGUUGCUUUACAAACGGUGUGAUGCUCACAGAAAGGGAGGGAACAACAACGUGGUGGUUUUCUCAAGAGGACUCCAAAACCAUGACACCCUCAAUGAAAAGGCAGAAAGACGAAGGUCUGCAGGAAGGAAGAGAGAUCAGAGAAAACCAGGACUGAGAACAGAAAACUUCCUCCAGGAGGCUCUGCUUCUCACCGAAACCAAGACUCUCAGCAGGACAGCGUCAGGUCUGGCAUCCGGGCUAUACUGCUGGGACCGGCGGCUCCGAGGCCCGGGCCUGGUGAUUCGGGACCGGGAGCCCGGGCCUGGUGGUCGGGGACCGGGAGCCCGGGCCUGGUGUUCGGGGACCGGGAGCCAGGGCCUGGUGGUCGGGGGCCGGGAGCCCGGGCCUGGUGGUCGGGGUCCGGGAGCCCGGGCCUGGUGGUCGGGGGCCGGGAGCCCGGGCCUGGUGGUGGUCGGGGACCGGGAGCCCGGGCCUGGUGGUCGGGGACCGGGAGCCCGGGCCUGGUGGUCGGGGGCCGGGAGCCCGGGCCUGGUGGUCGGGAGCCCGGGCCUGGUGGUCGGGGACCGGGAGCCGGGCCUGGUGGUGGUCGGGGACCGGGAGCCCGGGCCUGGUGGUCGGGGACCGGGAGCCCGGGCCUGGUGGUGGUCGGGGACUGGGAGCCCGGGCCUGGUGUUCGGGGACCGGGAGCCCGGGCCUGGUGUUCGGGGACCGGGAGCCCGGGCCUGGUGUUCGGGGACCGGGAGCCCGGGCCUGGUGUUCAGGGACCGGGAGCCCGGGCCUGGUGGUCGGAGACCGGGAGCCCGGGCCUGGUGGUCGGGGACCGGGAGCCCGGGCCUGGUGUUCGGGGACCGGCUCACUGUAUCUGUUUCAGGAUCUCCAACAAAGAAAGACUUUGAAGAAGCUUGAGUGGAGUUAAGGUCCUGGAUCCUGGAGGUCAGGGAUCCCAGACUGACUCUGGACGGGUUCACAACAGAAGAGAAGCUCAGGAGGGGGGCUGCAGUGAGGAAGACCCCCGCAGGGUGGGGACACGAUGCUGAGCUGGUCUGUGAGUGAACUCGUUCUGGUUUGGUUUAGAGAGGAACGUUUCCAGGACGAGCUCAGACCUCUUCAGGCCGGAGUCCAGGCUGCUUUAAACUGACCGGAUUCAGCUCCGUCUGCAGCAGAGAAGGACGUCGACCUGCUGCACCACUACGAACCCACCACACCAGAUUCACCGGAGAACACCGUGCUGUCUGCCGUUCAACCGUUUUAGAAAAGCUGCAUGGAUGAGUUUUAAAAACAGCACUUUGUACGAGACGGUGUGUUCUCAGGAAUAACUGGCUGCUCCACACUCUGGUGGUAUGUGGCCUGGAGUCAUGGGGAAGGGGUGUGUGUGUCUGCAUCAGCUGCAGUUUUCAACAAGCUGGGACCUGAAA